UAUUUCCAAUUUUUCCAUGCGAUUACGGUUUACGUGAUCGUGCUAAGGGUGUUUUCCCUCCGGAACGAUUAUUCUGAGACACACAGCGGAAGCGGUGGGUCGGCCAUUGCUGUGUGUCGUGGCUCUGAAACAAAACACGGAGAUAGAAAGGGAGAGGUGAAGCGUUUACUUUCGGCGGAAAAAUCAGAGAGAUUGUGUUGUCAUUAAGAGCACAACUAUUUAUUUGUUCAGCGUGCCGAUUACAGGAUUCACAAUAAUCGGAUAUGUCCUUCAUAUUUGAUUGGAUUUACAGUGGUUUCAGUAGUGUAUUGCAGUUUCUAGGACUGUACAAGAAAUCAGGAAAGUUAGUGUUUCUAGGCCUGGACAAUGCGGGAAAGACGACUCUGCUGCACAUGUUAAAGGAUGACAGGCUUGGACAGCAUGUGCCCACUUUGCACCCAACUUCCGAGGAGCUGACGAUUGCCGGUAUGACCUUCACCACCUUUGACCUCGGAGGCCACGCACAAGCCCGCAGAGUGUGGAAAAACUACCUCCCAGCCAUCAAUGGCAUUGUCUUCCUGGUCGACUGCGCUGACCUCUCCAGGCUGUUGGAGUCUAAGGCAGAACUGGACGCUCUGAUGACAGACGAGACCAUCGGGCACGUUCCCAUCCUAAUCCUUGGAAACAAGAUCGACAGGCCAGAAGCCCUUGGCGAGGAGAAGCUGCGGGAGGCCUUUGGGCUUUAUGGCCAGACCACCGGCAAGGGCAGCAUUCCCAUGAAGGAGCUGAACACCAGGCCCCUGGAGGUGUUCAUGUGCAGCGUGCUGAAGCGGCAGGGAUAUGGGGAAGGCUUCCGCUGGCUGUCCCAGUACAUCGACUAGCCCCUGCCCCCCCCCUCCCCCCCCACGGGCCCCUGCCCCCUCUCCUCGUCCCAUGUCUGGUUAUAACAUCUGCCUCCGCUGUCAGAAUGCGUAGAACUGGAAUCCAAAGGACUGUAUCCGUUGAACUUUUUAUUAUUAUUAUUAUUAUUAUUAUUAUUAUCUUUGGUUACGCGACUUUAAAUACUAGCCGGGGGCGAAUAGUGACAUCGACGCCACAGAAAAUGGUAAAAAUAAGCAGCUGUGGCGUCUUUAAUUUGCCUUUCUGUCCCCCAAUAGCUCAGUGGUACCCGGGG